AGGGUUUUGAAGCAGGAUCAAAUAUACAUCUCCAUUAUGCUGAACGGUGGUAUAUCUAACACGAACGCUGUAGUUAUAUACCACUAACCUUCCCCACUCGCUCACACCCAUCCCUUGAACAUGACCUACGUCUCAAAUGAUCCCAGUUGGUGGCCGUUAAUCAAUUUCGAUAUUUUUGUCAGUUAUUGGGGAGUUGCCGCAGGCGUCGUGGUGGUAUACGAUUGGGUGUCAACACUCGGACAAGAGAUUGAACUCAUCUGGAGACAACGCUGGUCUCUCAUGACCGUGCUGUAUUUGAUUGUUCAUACGCUAUAUUGGAAUCCCGUUUUCUGCUCUCAAUCUUCUGGGCAUGUCUCAUAUGCGCCGUGUUCCAUUUUUCUGACCGGGAGACACAGGAUCUUUGCCAUCGGUAUCGCUGACAGGUGCAGCACUAUCACGUACUACGCAUACGGCGGGACAAUUGUGGCCUUGUCUGCCAUGUUGGGCAUCAUCGUGAUUGCUCGCUUGCAUGCCAUGUAUCAGGGAUCUAGAAAGAUGCUUAUGUUCCUCGUUAUUAUCUUCCUGGCUGUAAACAUCGCCUGCGGAGUAAUGGUAGCAAUACCACAUCAUAUAGCAGAGGAGUUCAUACUUUCUGGCACGUAUAUGUGCUAUUAUGUAUAUGGCGGGAACGACCAGCUUCUGUAUUCAAUGGUUUGGAUGCUCAACACAGUUUGGGAGGUCCUCACGCUGUGCCUUUCAGCCUGGGUUACUGUAAAACACUUCCGUGAGCUGCGACGACUCGGCCCAUCGACGGGAUCGACCAUCGGGGACUAUUUCGGAGUGCUGAUACAGUCUCACGUUCUCUAUUUUGCAAGCUUUGCCGGUGUCUCUUGCAUCCAGCUUACUGCUUUCUCUACAGGAAUCUUGAAUUCAACUUCUAUUGGAGCUCUCACACUCGAUGCUGCUCUUCAAAUUUUAUUGGUCGUACAAUUGUUUGUGCUGGGACCACGCCUCAUCCUGAGCGUUCGAGAAUACCAUAGCAAACUCGUGGCAUACUCCGACGCAGAAACUGGCCUGAAUUCGAUUGUUUUCCAGGAGCGUGUACAUGUAACCACUAGCAGUACUGUGUAG